AUGGAGAAACAAAAACCUGCAUGGUUUACUGAUGGCUCUGCCAAAAUUGGAUCUAGUGGCAGAACCUGGACUGCAGUAGCUUACUGCCCACAAACAGAGACUGUUUUGUUCAAUAAAGGAACUGCUGGUUCAAGUAAUCAGGCAGAGCUGCGAGCUGUUGCUUUAGUUAUUGAUAGUUUACCACAUGGAGAUAAAGCAUACAUCUAUACUGAUAGCUGGGCAGUCUAUAAAGGACUGACAACUUGGCUGCCUGCCUGGCAACAACAAGAUUGGAAAAUUCAUGGUAGACCUCUAUGGGGAGGUUCAGAAGAUUGGCAACAAAUUGGGAAAAAAGCACAACAAUGCCAAAUUAGAGUUGGCCAUGUAGAUGCUCAUGCAUCACUUGUGACCGGAAAGAAGGCAUAA